GGGAGAUCUUCAAGAAGUACCCUUAAAUCAACUGUUUAUCAUUACCAGAACCUUUCCUCACAAGCUAAUCAACAUUUCUUCUAUUUGUUGUAGUUAAACUUUGUUUCUGUUGCUAAAUAUUCUUAAUUAUUGAACAUUUAAGACGUGUUAAUCACUGGAAUCAUGGAAAUUAGUCAAAAUCAAAUCGAUAAAUUAAUUAUUGAAGGAAAGACCAAAAAAGUUUUCACUCUACGAGGCGAACAAAAAUAUGUUUACAUUUACAGUAAAGACCGUAUUACAGCAGGGGAUGGGGCUAAGUCUCAUGCGAUGGAAGGCAAAGCCAGAUUAUCUACCCAAACAAACUGUGCUAUCUAUGAAUUUUUAAACGCUGCCGGAAUUGCAACUCAUUUUGUAUCAAGAGUUGCUCAAAAUUGCAAAGAUUGGGAUCGGUCAUUUGUUGCUAAACAGUGUGAGAUGAUUCCAAUAGAAUGGGUUUGCAGGCGCGUAGCCUCUGGAUCUUACCUAAAGCGUCAUCCUAAUGUCAAGGAAGGUUACCGAUUCGCACCCGUAAAACUAGAGACUUUUUUCAAAGAUGACGAAAAUCACGAUCCUUUCUGGUCCACUGAAACACUUAUUGAAGCUGGUUUAACCUGUGGAGGUUUGAAAAUAGGAAAGAUCCAAGUAGAGGAAAUGUAUCGACUUACUCAAACUGUCUUCGAAGUCCUUGAAAGGGUUUGGUCUACUUUGAAUCAUUCAUUGAUUGAUAUGAAAAUAGAGUUUGGUGUUGUUGAAGAAUCAGGUGUAAAAAAGAUUGUUGUUGGCGACGUAAUCGAUAAUGAUUCCUGGCGCCUUUGGCCUAAUGGUGAUAAGCGGUUAAUGUUGGAUAAACAAAUAUAUCGUAAUUUAGAUAACUCAGCAAUCGACGAAGCAGCUAUUCAAGCUGUUAAAUCAAAGUUUGAACUUGUUGCUGAGCGAACUCAUGCUUUAUUCGGCUCAAUGAUACCUAAACCUCGUGAACGUGGUUUACCUCCUCCUCCACCUGAAGUAGGCAUUAUCUUAGGUUCAAUGAGUGACAUGGAACAUGCACAAAAAAUAAAGAAGGCUUUAUCUGAAAAAUAUGGAAUCAAUGACGUUGAAAUUCAUGUUUGCUCAGCUCACAAAUCAACUGAAGCAACUUUAACCGUUUUAGCCAGUCUAAUGCAAUGGCCUACCUGUCAAGUUAUUAUAGCCUGUGCUGGAAGAAGCAAUGGAUUAGGCCCUGUAUCAGCUGGAAACACAACAGUUCCAGUAAUUAACUGUCCACCUAUCUCAGAUUCAGCAACACUUUCAAACGAUAUUUGGUCCUCUAUGAGAUUACCAUCAGGAGUGGGCUGUACUACCAUUUUGGGUGCAGAUAACGCUGCUUUAGCUGCAGCCCAUAUCAUUGCCAAUCUCAGUCCAUUCACUUGGGCACGAAUUCGAUCCCAACAAACUUAUACAAUUAUCAAGAUGCUUUAUGAUGAUGCUUCAAUUGAUGUUUGAAUAUUCCAAUAAUCCAACAAAAAUAAUUUUCUGUAUCGACUUUUUGAUGUAAAAUUAGUGCAAUCUACUGGUGAUAAUUGGUGAAAUUAGAGUUAACUAUGAUGGUUAUUAAAUUAAUUUCUUUCGUUGA